AUGACGAGUCGUUCACAUUUAACAAAAGAUGGUAAUCCAGAUAUGCGUCACAAAGAAAAUCGUGAUAGUGAUGAAAAUGAUGAUCGAGAUUAUAAUGAUAGUCGUGAAAGAAGUCGACCAACAAAAACGGAUAGAAAACCAGAUCGAGAAGAUAAUCGUGAAAAUGAUGAUCAUGAUAGUGGCGAUGAUGGUAGAAGAGGUAUUCAUCAUAAUCCAUUACAUGCCAAUAUUUAUGCAGGUGAUGAUACAGAUGAAAGUGGUCAUCAUUUAACAAAAGAUGGAAAACCAGAUAUGCGAUUUAAAGAAAAUCGUGAAGAACUAAGUCAUUCAAAUGAACAUGAAAAGCAUCGUGAUGAUGAACGUACAGCAAAGAAUGAUGACUCAGACAGACGUCACAAAGGAAGUCGUCAAUCAUCCGAUUAA